GUUUCAUUGUAGCGAAGAAGUUUAGAGAAAGUGGUGAUUGCUGCUCUAUUCUUACACACAGUAUUCGUGCUGUUACCUCAUUUACUAGGAGACCAAAGUCACAAAGUACACGCACAUUGGUUUCGAAUGCUUCCCAAGAUCGACCUAGCGCAUCAUAAUCCUCUUUUGCGCGUUGGUUACCAGGUCACCUGUCACAGUUGCAUCGUCUAUCGUUCCAGAAGCCAACAACUUCACAGGCUUGGCAAUGUACAGCAACGAGAUAGGAGGUGCAUAGACUGGAGUGUAACAGCAAUACAAGUUCACGAACGCAGGAGCAACACCAACUCAGAAGCAGCCCCAAAGCAUGAAACAGAAGCAGACCUCCCAAGCACCAGCGCUUCACGGCGAGUUGCAGUACUCAAAGCUCAGAAAUCAGCAGCGCUAGCACUCAGAGAAGGCCCAAGACCACUGGCCUCACAGUACUCCGUCUUGGAUGCCAAGCGGAUUGAGCGCAUUGACGAUGCCACAUUUCGCUGCUACGUGGGUGGAUUGAAGCUCUUCAAUUUUUCAAUAGAUCCAGUCCUUACUGUCUCAGUUACUGUCACGGAGAGAGGGCCGACAGUCAAGCUCUUAUCCACCAAGCUUGAAGGCUCCCCGGCAGUUGUGGCAGCAAAUGACAAAUUCACUGCCACAAUGAAAAAUGACGUGCGGUGGAGUUCUGGGCCUGCUCCAGACCUGCUAGAGCUGGGAAGCGACACUUCCAUUCAGGUGGCCUUGGAGGUGCCAGGCUGGUUUCGAAUGGUGCCAGUGAGUGCCAUUGAGCGCACAGGCUGCAGCGUGAUGCAAAGAGUGCUCGAUAAGAUGGUGCCGAGAUUUCUGAAUCAGCUGCAGGCAGAUUAUGAGCUGUGGGCGUCUGGAGAUGGCUCUCGCAAGCCGAUAGGGACUGGGCAGCUCUAGGUCAUUCCAGUUGGUUAUUCCGCAAGCCGCAGGAAAGUCAAUCCUAACAUUCUAUUCAUGUAACAUGGCUUUGUGC